AUGGCGAGUAUCAAAGAGUCUGUCGCCGCAGCGUCCGGUGCUCUGCCUGUCGCGAGCGACUCCGGAGCUUUCGCGGAAGGCCCGUUCCCGACUCGUCGACUCCUACACAGAGACACACCGUGCGCUGAGGCUGCAUACCGCGUCGUGCCGCAGCCUUCCUACGCGACUGCGAAUCUGAAAUCUCUCGCCGCAGGUCAGGGUAUCUAUCACCUGCCAGUCGAUGAAUUCACCUCGUUGAGCACGACAGCUGAGUCCUCCACACCGGCCGGGGCGACUCCUACUGCGCGCGCCUCCCUGCCCUUUGUGGUUGAUGAGGCGAGCGCAGCCGACAUGAAAGACAUUCCGACGUCGCAGACGCCGAGGACCCACAGAUGGGGCUUCCCAAUCGCCUCGCAGGUAACUCGUCGCGGAACUGAGGCGGACGAAGCAGCCAGUGCGUCUCGCGAGGGUUCCGCAGGUGGCACAUUUGUGUCUGCAUCGUUUCGCGACGGAGACCCUCGCCUGCGCCCGGUGGAAGACGGGCCACCGCCUGGAACAGCAGGCUCGCGCCUGCCGGCUGAGUCCUCCUGUCAGUCCGCAAACUGCCCGCCCCAAAGCGCGGUGUUGUUGCCGCCGCCUCCUCCCGCGGCUCAGACUGAUGAACGUUCGGAUGCCGUGACGCCUACGGAACGCGUUCUUCGAGCACCCGGGGACGCGGUCCUUUCUGCACGCGUAGACGCGUGUAAAGGGGAUUCCACCAUGGACGCUGGUGGCGCACGCGCAGCCAGAAGCUUUGAGAACCUGCCUCGGCAAGUCGCUCAUCUCAGCUAUAGGGGGACAUGCACGGAAGAGAAAAAGGGAGCUCAGAGUCGAUCCGGCACUGGGGCUAGCACGAGCGGAGACAGUGGCGUAAACGCAGCGACCCUGGAUGGUUUCAGAAUGAGCAAUGCGAGAUCUAUGGAAUCGGACCUUGAAGUACAAAAUUUUGUGAAUUCGCUGAGCGCCGAAAGGGAUUUGUACAGAGCGGCCUUUGGGGCGGCCCAGGACGAGCUAGAAGAGUUACAGGGGAGCAACCUCCAGCUCCAGAAAGCACUCGGAGACGCCGAUAGACGCCUGCUGCAUUCGAAAUUGCAGCUGCAGCGCCAGCAGCGUCAGCUCGCCGCCGCGGAGCAGAGGAUUUCGUGGGAAAGCUCCCGGAGGGAGGAUGCAAGGAGCCGGAGGGCGAACAGCGUUUACGAGUGGACGCGAAAUGGCAAGGGCGCGGCAAGUGGGUCUGACCCUUUGUCGGUCCCCGGUGUGCGCGCCACAAGCAAGGGUUCCGCAGCCGCAUAUCGCCAACAGGAAUUCUGCAGCUCUAGACAGGAUUGUGCCACCGGCCCCUCCGGCGCUCCUUGCGACUCUAGAAGCGAACGAGCGUCGCCGAGCUGUCGAGAAAGACACUCGCGACGACGUAGUCCUCCGGAGUAUUUGCUCUCCCCCUCCGUCCUGUCAGCCUCUGACUCGAGGCUAGCUGCGCCUGCGCCAGAUCCCUCCAAGACGCAGACUGCCUGCGGAAAGUCCUCUGCACCCCUGCAAAAGAGGAACGGCGCGCAGGAGGCGUCUCGCGAGUGCCAGGCGCGCGUCCUCACAUCCUCGGUGCUCUGUCCUCUCAGCCGCCAAGAGACUUUAGAGAAGCGACUCGCGGAAGGGAUGCAAAACAACUGCGGAGUCGAUUCGAGUUCCCGAGAGAACGGUGGUCGCAGCGGCCUUCGCAGCAGCCGGGUGCAGGACAAGCAUGGCAGCGGAGAGGCCUCCGGUGUUGCGGAGGGCAUUUCAGGCCGCUCGGAGGCCUCUAUGGGCCCUCGAGGGGAAGAUUUGCAGAGCGAGGGCCCAGCUGCGAUUCAGGAGGGGGCCGCGGUCGUCUCGACUUCCCCGUCUGCAGCGCCGGAGCGCUUAGCAGAGGAGGCCACGAGUCGGGGCGUCACGGGCACUUCUGGUAGGCCUGUGCCUCAAGACCCCACCGCAGAAGGGGUCUCUUCACCUGCCCUGCGGUCCUAUUCCUGCGACACACUGCCAGGCCUCGAAGAGAGGUACCGCUGCCGUGCGCGGACCCCGACGACAGAGGAUGUCGAUCGUCAAAGUCGGUUUGUCUCUCGGCUAGUUGCACUCGACUCAGAGCUUGACGACAGAACGUCACUUCCGUCAUUUGAGCACCGGGAUAGUCCGAAAUCGGCGGGCAAUGAGGCGCAUCUGAAAGAAGAUCAGGACCGUUUGCACGGUGACUCAGGGACCUCGCGGAAAAGCAUUGUCGAUUCCUACUCUUGGCUGCAGAAACUCGCCAACAGCAUUUCUGCCGGAGAGUAUCCAAGCGUCGAGCUGCUAGUACGAGGCGCGGAAGAACAGCAGCAACUGGUCCGCGUCGCACAAGCAAUGGAGGAGGAAAGAGAACAAUAUGUUGAUGCCGUCGCGAACUUGCAUUCAGAGCUGCGUUCUGUUCGCGAUGAGGCAUGUAUUUAUCUGCUGGCGCAUCAGCAACAGGCGGCGGAUCUCCAGCAAGAAGCCGACGAGGCGCACGGCGCCGCGGACUUCUGGCUUGAGACCCACCUUCGGUGGAUGAAAAAGUGGCAGCGCAUGGGCUACGGCGCAUUUCUGUACCUUCCCUCCCCUCCUGGCAUGUCUGCCGAAGAGAAAAGGAGGCAGCAGCAAGAGUUGUUCCAGUCCGAAGUGCAUCGAUUGAUGGCUGUUGGAGACUGCGGCGAUAGUCCCACGGAAGCCUCGUUGGUUCCCGGUGUCGCCGCUGAGGGGCAGACAUCCGCCUCUGAAAGGACGCUGCAGUCGCUGCGGGCAGUCGAUGCCGUAAGCGCAGGUCAUGUUCUCGUCCUGGAUGAUGGAGACAUCGAUGACAGCGACCCACGUGAAUCGGAGGCGGAUAAAGAUUUGUCGUGGGCGAUGCCAGACGAUUUUGUGCGCGUGUGUGGAGGGGGUGCCGAUCCCAAGGGACGAAAGAAUGCACGCUGUGCUAAAACUGGAUCAGAAAGGGAAGUGCAAGCAAACGACUCUUUCAGCCUUCGAACAGCGUGGUUAGAGAGACAGGGAGAAAAGAGGCUGCUAUGGUUUCUUGAUUGA